AUGGCAUUGUGGGAAGAACCAGACUACGGCAUUGUCGCCAACAAGGUUUGCUGGGCAAUGUUUGCCGUGACCACAGUUGUGGUAGCACUCCGUGUCUUUUGCCGUCUCUACUUCUCCCACAGAAGGGAGGCCGGUGGCUUGGGACUCGACGACUACAUUGCGGUCGUGUGCCUCUUGGUCUUCCUCGCGACCUGCAUCCUCGUCACCAUCGGCUCCCACUACGGCCUCGGCAAACACAUGGUCGACGUUGCGAAGAACCCGGAGAAUCUCAAGCAGGCGCUCCGAUACAACGUCAUCAUAAGCUCAGUUCUGGUCUGGUCGUUCUCGCUGCCCAAGUUCGCCGUCAUCGCGACCCUCCAGCGGAUCCUCCAAUUCGGGACGAAGACGUCGAUUCUGUUUUGGGGUCUCGCAAUCAGCUCGCAGGCCUGCAUCCUGGCCACGAGCGUCUGGUGGUUCCAUCAGUGCACGCCGGUGGAAUAUGGCUGGGACACAUCGAUCAAAGGACAUUGCGCCCCCAUCAAUAUCCUGAUCGACCUGGGAUACUUCACGUCUGCCUACUCGGCGUUCCUCGAUGUCUUCUUCGCGCUUUACCCGAUCCCGUACAUCAUGCGACUCAACAUGCCGCUCAAGACCCGCGUGGCAGUCUCGUGCGCCCUGAGUCUCGGUGUGCUGGCCAUGAUUAUUUCCGUCUACAAGCUAGCGAUAUUCGACCAGGUAUUUGGUCUACUGCCGACGGAUCCAACGUAUCCCGUCCCAUUCCUCGACAUCUUGGGCACCGCUGAAGGCGCCAUCCUCUUAGUCUGCACCUCUUUCCCAACCCUGGGGCCGCUGUAUCGCAUGUGCCGAGGCAAGCUUUACGACAAGUACGGAAGCAGGGGCGCCACGACGCGCCGGACCACCGACGGCAACGCGAUCAGUCGCCCGCAUCAUGGCGGCGGCACCAGUGGCGACUGGGACAACUUGAAGGGCAUCAAGCUCGGCGAGCAAGGCAGCGUAAGCGGCAGCCGGCCUAGCACGGAUGUCAUGCCUCUCGUGCCGACGGCAAAAUAUGAACCCAACGCGCGCCGUUUCAGUUAUGUUGAUACAGCUCCCAAUGAUAUCCACAAGACCGUGGAGAUACAGAUCUCGUCGGAGAGCAUGGGCUAUCCGGGACCGCACUCUAGAGGCGUUGCUAUGUAA